AUGGAGGAAUAUCCUUCUUUCCUUAUUCAAAAUAUAUUCCAGACUGUCAAGGAUGCAUAUGACUGCUUGACAAAGGCCAAUGACAAGGUCCAAGUCUACAUCUUGGCUAGUAUGUCUAACUUAUUGAGCAAGAAAAACGAGACCAUGGUCGCUGCUUGUCAGAUCAUGGACUUUCUCCUAGAGAUGUUUGGACAACCGUCCAUUCAGAUGAGGCAAGAGGAUAUUAAACACGUUUAUAAUGUACAUAUGAAUGAGGGUCAAUCUGUUAAGGAACAUGUUCUCGACAUGAUAGUUCACUUCAACAUAGUAGAAAUCAACGGAGCGGUCUUUGAUGAAAAGAGUCAAGUGUCCUUUAUCUUAAAAUCUCUUCCCAAGAGCUUCCUUCAAUUUCGCAGCAAUGUGAUAAUGAACAAGAUAGAGUAUAACAUGGCUACUGCUUGUUUGUGUCAAACUUAG